GCAAGAACAUAGGAGUCAUGUGAUCCAUCACAUGACAGCAGGUCGACAGAAAGACAGAAUGAGACUCCAAGCCUGCCUCUUAGGGCUCUUUGCCCUCAUUGUUGCUGGCAAAUGCAGUUAUAGCCCUGAGCCCGACCAGCGGUGGACGCUGCCCCCAGGCUGGGUGUCCCUGGGCCGUUUGGACCCCGGGGAAGAGCUGAGUCUCACCUUUGCCCUGAGACAGCAGAACCUGGAGAAACUCUCAGAGCUGGUGCAGGCUGUGUCGGAUCCCAGCUCUCCUCGUUACGGAAAAUACCUGACCCUGGAGGAUGUGGCUGAGCUGGUCCGGCCAUCACCACUGACCCUCCACACAGUCCAAAAAUGGCUCUUGGCAGCUGGAGCCCGGAGCUGCCACUCAGUGAGGACACAAGAUUUUCUGACUUGCUGGCUGAGUGUCAGACAGGCGGAACUGCUGCUCUCUGGGGCUGAGUUUCAUCGCUAUAUGGGGGGACCUGCAAAGACCCAUGUCAUAAGGUCCCCACAUCCCUACAAGCUCCCACAGGCCUUGGCACCCCAUGUGGACUUUGUGGGGGGGCUGCACCGCUUUCCCCCAACAUCAUCCCUGAGGCAACGCCCUGAGCCACAGGUGACAGGGACUGUUGGCCUGCACCUGGGGGUGACCCCAUCCGUGAUUCGUGAGCGAUACAACCUGACAGCACGAGACGUAGGCUCUGGCACUACCAACAACAGCCAGGCUUGUGCCCAGUUCCUGGAGCAGUACUUCCAUGACUCAGACCUGGCCGAGUUCAUGCGCCUCUUUGGUGGGAACUUUGCACAUCAGGCAUCAGUAGCCCGUGUGGUUGGAAAACAGGGCCGAGGCCGGGCCGGAAUUGAGGCCAGUCUAGAUGUGGAGUACCUGAUGAGUGCUGGUGCCAACAUCUCCACCUGGGUCUAUAGUAGCCCUGGUCGGCAUGAGGCGCAGGAGCCCUUCCUACAGUGGCUCCUCCUGCUCAGUAAUGAGUCAGCCCUGCCACAUGUGCACACUGUGAGCUACGGAGAUGAUGAGGACUCCCUCAGCAGUGCCUACAUCCAGCGGGUCAACACCGAGCUCAUGAAGGCUGCUGCCCGGGGUCUCACUCUGCUCUUUGCCUCAGGUGACAGUGGGGCUGGGUGUUGGGCUGUCUCUGGAAGACACCAGUUCCGUCCCAGCUUCCCUGCCUCCAGCCCCUAUGUCACUACAGUAGGAGGAACAUCCUUCCAGAAUCCCUUCCGCGUCACAAAUGAGAUUGUUGACUAUAUCAGUGGUGGUGGCUUCAGCAAUGUGUUUCCACGGCCUUCAUAUCAGGAGGAAGCUGUAGCCCAGUUUCUUAGCUCCAGCCCCCAUCUGCCACCAUCUAGCUACUUCAAUGCCAGUGGCCGUGCCUACCCAGAUGUGGCUGCACUCUCUGAUGGCUACUGGGUGGUCAGCAACAGCGUGCCCAUUCCAUGGGUGUCUGGCACCUCGGCCUCCACUCCAGUGUUUGGGGGACUCCUAUCCCUGGUAAAUGAGCACAGAAUCCUCAAUGGUCGCCCCCCUCUUGGCUUUCUCAAUCCAAGGCUCUACCAGCAGCAUGGAGCAGGACUCUUUGAUGUGACCCAUGGCUGCCAUGAGUCCUGUCUGGAUGAAGAGGUGCAAGGUCAGGGGUUUUGCUCUGGCCCUGGCUGGGAUCCUGUGACAGGCUGGGGAACACCCAACUUCCCAGCUCUGCUGAAGGCACUACUCAACCCUUGACCUUCUCCUGCUAGGAGAGCUGACCUGUCCCCUGCUGUGCAGCCAGUAGCUUGGUCUCUUAUUUUGCCCUGUUGGGAGCCCCGUUGAACACACAACCAUUGACUGCUACAGACAGCUUACUUCCCUAACCCUGCAAUACUGUGAGCUGGACUUGACUCCCAACCCUACCCUGCUCCACAAUACUCAGGUCUUCACACUCCUGCCUCAAGUUCCCCUGCAAUAUGCAAUAACUGGCACUUUUGGGUGCCCAUACUCCCCAUCUCUUCUCUCUUCAUCCAGGCUUUUCCAAAGGGUUGUCUACACUAACUGUGUGCACUGUUUCACUUCAUGUUCACUCCUCAAUCCAUUGCAAUGAGAUCUCUGCUUUCAGCUUUUACUCUCCUCCCACGACACUGAGCUCACUGAGAAACAGUGACCUCCCUGCUGCUUCAUCCAGUGCACACUUCUCAAUCUUUGUUUUAGGGCUCUCUGUCAUAGUUGCCCACUCCCUCUCCUUCCUUAGCUUCCAGGACUUAACUUCUCUGACCACACCUGUCUUCCUCUUUCAUGGACUUCUCUUUGCUUACUCAUUGAAUGUUGGUGUUUGUCUUUGCUCCACCUUCAGUCUUUUGCUCUUCAUACUCUACCCUCUGUCACUUGGGACAAAUCAUUGGCAUCCAUAGCCAUCAUCAUCUCACUAAGUGAGACUCUCUGUCCAAUAGUGAUUGAUACUUCAAAUGCAAGAUGUGUAAUACUCAACACACUUCAUCUCCCUCCAUUCCAACCCCAAACCGUUCCAUCUCUUUUGUUUCCUCUUGGUGACUGGUACUAUGCUUCUUCCAACCAAGCCAGAAACCUAAGCGUCAUUCUAGACACUCAUUUCCUUCACCUCCACCACCACCACCUUCAAUCAACCAGUCCUACUGAUUUUACCUUUUAAUAUGUUUGCAUCAAUCGACAAGUCCUGCCAAUUGUAUUUCUUAAGUAUAUCUAGAGCUCACCUACUUCUCUCCAUCCCUGCUGCUACUACGCUAGCUUAGAGUCAUAUUCUCUGUCCUCGGUAACAUAGGAGGCCUUUGCAAAAACAGUGUCCUUGUCCGUCCCCAAAUUAUCUUCCAGAGUAAAAUGAAAAUCCCAUCAGAUCACUUACUUGAUAAAAACCCUCCAAAGAUUACUGGAUAAAAUUCAGACUUUUUAUCAAAGCCCACAAGACCCCGUCAGUUCCUUGAUAUUUGUGCCUGAGUAACAAAUUGUUUAUCCUUCCCCCUCAUCCCCACCUCCACCCCUACUUCCAUGCUCUCACCUUUGCUCAGGCUGUUCCUAGCACUUACUCCUUUGCCUGGUUUAUUUCCAGAAUUCUUUCAAGACUCAGCCCGAAGUUACCUUCUCUUGUGAAUAUUUUUGGUUCCCUGAGGCUCAAUUAGGUGAUUUUGGUAUGGCAGAAAAGUCUCAGAUUUUUUUUAAAUCAAACCUGUUUUAUUCUCGGUUCUGCUAUAUAUUAGUGCAAGGACUUGAGCAAGUACGUUUAUCUCCUUGAGCCUGUUUCCUCAUCUGUUAAGUGGAGAUAUCAAUACCUGCCUCUCAGAAACAUCAGGGAAUAAGUAAACAGAAUGAAGAAGAAAUGCCUGGCACACUGGAGUAGGCAGCAGUUGUUAGCUCUCUUCUUCCCUUGCACUGCACACCCUCUGCCUACCUCUAGCAUUGUAACUUCCACAUAGUAUUGAAAUUGCCAGUUCGUUUGCCUCAUUUUCCAAGACCAUUAGUGCCUAGAAGACUGGAAUUUUGUCCUACUCAACUUCGUGUCCCCAGGCCCAAGCUCAGGGGCUGGUAAAGAGGAAUUCAAUAAAUGUUUGCUGAACUGAGAA